CACCCGUCUCACUGGUCGAUUUGUGCACAGGUCGGCCGCACGAUCCAGGGCAAGCCGUAUUUAGUAAGACGCCUCUCGAACGGCGCGCUCGCCACCACAUCAACGGAGUGCGGCCGCUGCGAGUACCCGCUCUUGCAAGCCGAACAAAAAACCUUCGAGGACUCGGAGUUCAUCUGCUGCGACAUGUGUGGCGCGACCUUCGACGUUGAGGACGGCGCGCCGCAACCCUCCGCCGAGGGCGCCGGCAAGCCGUUAUUUGGGGCUCUUUUGAAGGCCAAGCCGCAGAAGAGUCUGCUCGUCUUCGAGAACCGCGAGCUGAAGGACGGGAGCGUCUACGUGAACAUCACGCCCAAGAGCAAGCAGUUGUUCGAGGACGAGGAGUAA